CCCCCCCUCUUCCACCAUAUACAUUUUCACUCCAAUGGCUACCAAUCCUUAUACAUCAUCGUUACUCCCAUCUUCUUUCUCCUCCACAAUCAAAAGUACUCAAACCACUCGUUUCAUCUCCAUCAAAACCAACAAACCUAUAACCAAAUCAACUAUCAACUGUGCUGCUUUACAAUCCUCUUCAUUGCUUCAUUUCCCACAAACCAUUAACAAACCUUCACAACAACAUCCACACCAACCAUUGCAAUGGAACUUGCUACAACGGGCCGCCUCCACCGCAUUGGAUAUGUUCGAAACCGCCUUAAUAUCACGCGAAACCAACACUCCUCUACCCAAAACAUCCGACCCUAGUGUUCAAAUCUCCGGGAAUUUCGCACCCGUGCCCGAACAAUCAGUAAAACAUAACUUAACCGUUACGGGUACCAUUCCAGAUUGUAUUAACGGUGUGUAUGUUCGAAAUGGAGCCAAUCCGCUUUUCGAACCGGUUGCAGGUCAUCAUCUCUUUGACGGGGACGGUAUGGUUCAUGCGGUAACUAUAGACGGUAACUCGGUUAGUUAUUCGUGUAGGUUAACCAAGACUCACCGGCUUGUUCAAGAAAAAGAGUUGGGUCGACCGGUUUUUCCGAAAGCUAUAGGUGAGCUUCAUGGACAUUCGGGUGUGGCUCGGUUAGCUUUGUUUUACGCCCGAUCGUUGUUGGGUUUGGUUGAUCAUAGCAAAGGGAUGGGUGUAGCCAACGCGGGUUUGGUUUAUUUCAACAACCGGUUGCUCGCGAUGUCGGAAGAUGAUUUACCGUAUCAUCUUAAGAUCACACCAUCUUCGGAUAUAGAGACGGUGGGACGGUAUGAUUUCUCCGAGCAGUUAACGUCUACGAUGAUAGCUCACCCGAAGAUAGACCCGGUGACCGGGGAGAUGUUCGCCUUGAGCUACGACGUUGUACAGAAGCCGUAUUUGAAGUACUUUAAGUUUUCGAAAAACGGAGAGAAGUCUCCUGACGUUGAAAUACCGCUACCAGUUCCGACAAUGAUGCAUGAUUUUGCUAUUACAGAGAACUUUGUAGUGGUUCCCGACCAACAAGUUGUGUUUAAGCUUCAAGAAAUGAUUAAAGGCGGAUCACCCGUGGUUUACGACCAUAAUAAAAUGUCGCGGUUUGGGAUACUGUCCAAAACCGCGACAUCUUCAGACGACAUGAUAUGGGUAGACUCACCCGAAACUUUUUGUUUUCAUUUAUGGAACGCGUGGGAGGAACCCGAGACGAACGAAGUCGUCGUGAUCGGGUCAUGCAUGACUCCACCGGACUCAAUUUUCAACGAGUGUGAUGAGAAUCUUGAAAGCGUAUUAUCCGAGAUUCGAAUCAAUUUAACCACACGUAAAACCGCCAAACGUAGAAUCCUUAAACAAUCCGAACAAGUGAAUCUUGAAGCGGGUAUGGUGAACCGCGACAAACUCGGUCGAAAAACACAAUUUGCAUACCUCGCCAUUGCGGAACCAUGGCCUAAGGUUUCGGGCUUUGCUAAGGUUGAUUUGGUUACCGGCGAAAUGAAGAAGUUUUUGUAUGGUGACAACCGGUACGGUGGUGAGCCAUUUUUUCUUCCAAGUGAUUCGAACUCGGAUAAAGAAGAUGAUGGUUAUGUUUUGGCAUUUGUUCAUGAUGAAAAGACAUGGAAAUCGGAGCUCCAGAUUAUUAACGCGGUUACAAUGAAGAUGGAAGCUUCAGUUAAACUUCCUUCAAGAGUUCCGUAUGGGUUUCAUGGGACUUUCAUAAGCUCAAAAGAUUUAGUACAACAAGCUACACAAUAAAGGGAAAUACUCAAAUACGUACAUACUAUCUAUACACACAAAUACACACACUCAGUGUGUGUGUGUGUAGGUGUGUAUAGUGGUUAGAAGGUUAGAGUUAAGGAGAUAUGCCUGAGGGAUUGUGGCUUACAUCCCCGGAAUCUCCUCAACCUUGAAAAACUAUGAUCGAUCGUCUAUUCAUAGAUUUUUUUUUUAAAUUUUUUUUAUUGUAGUUUUAUUUAGUUAUGAGUUAGUUUGUAUGGUUUGUGGAGGUAUUGAACCAAGCUUGAAGCUUUUGGACUGAAGCUCAGCUGGUUUCUGCUGUUAUCUGGUUUUAAUGAUUGGAAAAAAAAAAUAUACU